AUGUCGCUCGCCACUCUUCCCCUCGAACUUAUGGACGAAAUCGCCUCUCACGCAAGCUCCGCGUCACUGAAAAAGCUUGCACUACUAGGAGACACGUCGCUACACCGUGCUGCGCUGCGACAGCUCUACCGUGUCGUCCAAAUAGACAGCGUCAGUGUGCUGGAAGGCUUCUGCAAUACGCUGGAACUGCGCGCAGAUGUCCAUGCAUCCUUGCGCAACUUGACGAUUAACAUAGACGACUCCUUCAUGUUCUGUGGCCAGCUUGGCGCCGUUUCAACCCGCAUAGAACGGCUUGCCACCCUCCGUUUUCACACGCUCACGAGCCUCGCUACGAGGAGCGCGCUGAUCAUGUCCUUGUUUGUCAGCGCGGACGCCGCCUUCCCCAGUCUCACUUCCUUAGCUGCCCCGCUGUUCCCCGAGCUCCCAGCCUUCCUCACCGCGCACUGCGGCAUUGAACAUCUGCAUAUCACCUGCACGCCAUUUGCCGAGUCAGACACAGAGUUUAAAGAGGCCAUGAUCCCCGCCACACCGCCCCUCCCCCGGCUCAGAGUACUGCACGCCCCGGAGUGGCUCGUUGCAUCCCUGCUUCUUGCCACUCCUCACACUCCUCUCGAAAAGCUAACGAUCAUCUGGACCCAUCCGUACGCACGCUUCACAGGCCGCCUUUCGGUAAUCCAGCAGCAAUUCACGUGCGAAUGUCUCGACCAUAUCUGCCACACCGCCGCCACGACGCAACUGCACCAUGUGGGGCACAUCCUCCACGGCUGGACUGCGGUCGACCCCGUCCACAUCGCGCAGGCCUUCCCCCAUCUCGCGUCGUUGUCCUUUCGUGGGGCCGCCCCCGUCGCGCCACUCACGAGGCUCGGUUCGCAUGGUCUGCCAGGGGCAGAUAUCGAGUGGUUCUCCGCACGCCUGCGUGCCGCGCUUCCGUUACUCGAAGAGAUUGAGCAGGUCCGCCUUGGGUUCGAAGAGCUUUCGCCGCUGGUGGAAGAGGAGUUGGACAUCCUCCAGGAAGACUGUCGCGCCAUGUAUCCCUGCUUGGAGGUGAUUGUGGAGGUCAAAUGA